GAGCCGGCCCCAUCGCAGUCAGCAGCAUUAGCUCUCUGAUAUCAGUUCAGCAAUGCCUGCACCUUGUUUGUAGCUCGCAGUUCUUUGUGAGGCAAUCAGAGGUAUUGCCCUCUCUCCGUCUGAGGUCUCUUCUCCUGCCUCUCCAGUGACCCCAGUCAGAGACGUGAGAGGCUCUCAGUAAUGUGCUUCUGACCAAGGAGGCGUUACUAGCUGUUGGACCCUGGCCGGGAGAGCUUUGGGAAGAUGGAGAACCGGAGAGGAGAGCUCCUGGAUGCCCUCUGGGAGGAAGAGGAAGAGGAAGAGGAUGGGGUGGCUGCCAGUGCCUCCUCCAGCCUCCGCCUGAGUGAAGCAGGGGACGUGCAGGUGGAGAUGCUGGAAAAGGCCAGGGAGCUCUUUCAGUUGUGUGACAAGGAGGAGAAGGGCUUCAUCACCAAGCUGGACAUGCAGCGGCUGCAGAGCGAACUGCCCCUGACCCCAGAACAGCUGGAGGCUGUCUUUGACAGCCUGGAGCAGGACAAUAAUGGGUACCUGACACCUGUCGAGUUCAGCAUGGGACUAGGGAAGUUCAUAGGGAUUGAGCUGUACCAAGGGUCUGGGAGCACAGAUCACUCCAGACAUGAGGAGACCUUUGAGUCAGGCUGGUCAGACGACCUGGACCAGACAGAAGACGAAGAGGAGAAGCGAUUUUGUUCAAUGAUGGAGCAGCUUGGAGCAGCCCAGGUCUUUGAAGAUCAGAGUGAGGUUCGGGAGCUCUGGACUCGUCUCCAGAAAGAACGGCCAGAUCUCUUAGCCAACUUUGAGGAGUUCCUGUUCCAUGUUUCAUCGUACAUCAGGGAGGUGCAUUAUGAGAAGGAAUCCAUGGAGCAGGCACUGAAGAGAAAGGAGACAGACCAUGACAGAGAAGUCAGGUGUCUUUAUGAAGAAAUGGAGCAACAGAUCAAAGCGGAAAAGGAACGACUGCUCUGCCAGGAAUCACUGAGGCACGACAGGAGCAACCUGCUGCAGAAGGAGCUGCGCAGCAAGGAGCAGGAGCUUGAGAAAAUCCUCUACCGGCAAAAAAAGCUGGAACAUCAAAUACAGUCUCUGAACUCUGAGCAGCUGGAGACCCGGGUGCAGAACGAGCGGCUCCAGCUUCUGAAUGAAAACCUCCUGGAGCAGCUGGAGAGAAGCAAGUGGGAGCUGGAGGUGGCCAAGGGGCAUCUGGAGCGACUCCAGAAGGAGGCUCAGUGUGAACAGGAACAGAAAGACAGGGAUGUGUUCAGAGUCUCUAAGAAUAUGCAGAAAGAGAAACAAAGUCUUCUUCGACAGCUGGAGCUCCUCAGAGAGAUGAACAAGAAGCUUCGGGAUGACAGAGAUGCCUUUGAAGCCAAGAAGCUGCUGGUUCCUGGGGAUCUUCCUCUCACUUUCCUGGAGGACAUAACUGUGGAAGAGCCCAACAAGAAGAACUGUAAAUACUUCCUGGCCACCACCACGGCACUGAAGAAGGGGAAAGCAAGCAGAAUGAGCUUUGGAGAGGGCCACACCUCAAGUUGCGAGCGAGAGCAGCAGCAAAUGACAGGGGCUGGCAGACACCCAAAGAUGGCUCCGAAGGGUGAUGUCAACUGGAGGCAAACAGCAGAUGAAUUGGAUGAUGAUGCCCCAUUGUCCCCCAGAGAGCAGCCCAUUGGCACUGAAACCAUGGCACCUGAACCAGUCAGCUCUUCCCCAGAACGUCUCUUCAAAGUGGUGUUUGUGGGCAACUCUGGCGUAGGCAAGAGCUCCUUCAUCCAUCGCUUUUGUUAUGACAGGUUCUUGGCUGAGAUCAGUGCAACCAUUGGUAUUGAUUACCAGGUGAAGAGUUUAAUGGUGGAUAACACCCAGGUGGCCUUGCAGCUGUGGGACACAGCGGGCCAGGAGAGGUUUCGGAGCAUCACCAAACAGUAUUUCCGGAAGGUGGAUGGUAUCUUUGUGAUGUAUGACAUCACUGAUGAGUGCUCCUUUGUGGCAGUGCGGAACUGGAUGAGUAGCAUCCAGGAAGGGAUUGAGGAUGGAGCCAUGAUCUUUCUGCUUGGAAACAAAAUGGAUGCAGCAGAGAGAGAGACCCAGCACGUGCCCAAGACGGAGGGGGAAAGGCUGGCAAAGGAAUACAAGGCUGUCUUCUAUGAGUGCAGCGCUAUGACUGGCUAUAACAUCCUGGAGCCCAUGUUGCAUAUGGCAAGGCUGCUGACAGCUCAAGAGGACAAGCAGAGGGAAAGUGCCCUGCACCUGGAAGAGUACCACAAGAGGAAGGGAUGCUGCAUGUGACGAAGUAAAGAGCAUCCCUCAGGAGCAUGUGGGGGCUGCACAUGACAGGGACUCAGGAAGGUGCAAGCUUGUCCCAAGAGGGAACAUCCAGAUGUUAAAAUGAAGCAAGAUUGUUGCAACAGAAUAAUUCUAAUCUCCCUCCCCACCUCUAUCCCUAUGCUCUCAUACAACUGCAGCAUUCCCCUCCCCCCCCCCCCAACUCCAGGGACAUACUGCUUGAGACGUUGUAUUGGCUGCACAGAAAUUGGUUCUCCCCUUUGCUUGUUCGUUUUGUGUCACACACAGGUGAAUGGAGGGCACCUCUAACACUCCGUUUUAAAUAAGCUAAAGCAAUGUCCAGCUGUGUAAAAAAGAGAUGAUUAUUUUAAACUUGGAAA